UAACAGGAAGUAUGGAACUGGGCAGUAAACGUUGGUGUGAAGGAAGGCACCUCAGCAGGGAUAUAAUGAGUUACUGUAAAGCACUGUACUGAAACAGGAAAAAGACCUGUCCCCGCAGCGCCCAUGGGCGAUGCCAAGGUACAACUUAUUCGAAUUUGGAAUAGAUAAAUUUAUCGGGCAACGCGGUGGUUCCCCGCAAUUUCUCUGAGCGGACUGCCCACCUAUGAUGGAACGGGCGAUGGAGCAGCUUAACGUACAGCUCAACCGACUGACCCGCUCCCUCCGCCGUGCCAGGACUGUGGAACUCCCCGAAGAUAAUGAAACUGCAGUGUACACACUAAUGCCGAUGGUAAUGGCUGACCAACACAGGUCAGUGUCAGAGUUGCUACUCAAUUCCAAGUUUGAUGUAAACUAUGCCUUUGGACGUGUAAAGAGAAGCCUGCUUCACAUUGCUGCCAACUGUGGAUCAGUGGAGUGUCUUAUUCUACUACUGAAGCGAGGUGCCAACCCAAACUACCAGGAUAUCUCAGGCUGUACCCCACUGCAUCUUGCUGCCAGGAAUGGCCAGAAGAAAUGUAUGGGCAAACUACUGGAAUAUAAUGCUGACGUCAACAUAUGCAACAAUGAGGGACUGACUGCUAUUCAUUGGUUGGCAGUGAAUGGGCGGACUGAGCUGCUGUACGAUCUUGUCCAGCAUGUGUCCAACGUCGAUGUUGAAGAUGCCAUGGGGCAAACUGCAUUGCAUGUAGCAUGUCAGAAUGGGCACAAAACUACGGUGUUAUGCCUCCUGGACAGUGGAGCUAACAUCAACCGACCAAACGUCUCAGGGGCCACACCUCUUUACUUUGCCUGCAGUCAUGGCCAAAGAGACACAGCACAGAUCCUGCUUUCUCGUGGAGCCAAAUACCUUGCUGACAAGAAUGGAAUAACUCCUCUCGAUCUCUGUGUGCAGGGUGGAUAUGGGGAGACCUGUGAAAUCCUCAUUCAGCACCACAGCAGACUCUUCCAGAUACUCAUUCAGAUGACACAGAAUGACGACAUAAAAGAGAAUAUGCUCAGGCAGGUUUUGGAGCAUGUGUCUCAGCAGAGUGACAGUAAUUAUCAGAGAAUCUUGACUAGUCUGGCUGAAGUUGCCACCACGAAUGGACAUAAGCUGCUCAGCCUAUCCAGCAGCUAUGAUGCUCAGAUGAAGAGUCUAUUGAGGAUUGUUCGCAUUUUCUGCCAUGUAUUCCGCCUGGGGCCUUCGUCACCCAAUAAUGGCAAUGAUAUGGGCUACAACGGAAACAAGACUCCCCGUAGUCAGGUCUUUAAGAUGCGUAUGAGACCAGGGGAGGCUGUACCAAAAGACACUUGGACAGCUUCUGCUAUAUUAGAUCCAUUGGAGCUGCUUUGGCACUCCCUGGACGAGUGGCUCGUACUGAUCUCCACCGAACUAGACAGAAACAGGAAUCCUUCAUCCAGCUCUUCCAACAGCGAGAUAGCCUCCCUGCUUCUAAAACAGCGGGAAGUCGAACACUCUAGCACCACACCAAAGCUCCCCACCUCCCUGGACCAUCAGAUUGUCAUGGAAACAGAAGUGUAUGCUGAUGGGGAAGACGUUAUCUCCAUGACCGCCAAUCGGCUCAGCGCUGUGAUCCAGGCCUUCUACAUGUGCUGCUCUUGCCAGAUGCCACAAGGAAUGACAUCCCCCCACUUUAUUGAGUUUGUCUGCAAGCAUGAUGAGGUGCUGAAAUGUUUUGUAAACAGAAAUCCAAAGAUAAUCUUUAACCACUUCCACUUCCUGCUGGAAUGUCCAGAGCUGAUGUCACGGUUCAUGCAUAUCAUUAAGGGCCAGCCAUUUAAGGAUCGCUGUGAGUGGUUCUACGAGCAUCUUCUGGCCGGACAGCCAGACUCGGACAUGGUUCAUCGUCCGGUCAAUGAGAGUGAUAUCCUUCUCAUCCAUCGAGACUCAAUAUUUCGGAGCAGCUGUGAGAUGGUUUCAAAGUCUACCAACGAGAAACUAAAACAAGGGAUUGCUGUCCGAUUUCAUGGCGAAGAGGGAAUGGGUCAGGGUGUUGUUCGGGAAUGGUUUGACAUACUGUCUAAUGAGAUCAUCAAUCCAGACUAUGCUCUCUUCACUCAGUCAGCUGAUGGUACCACUUUCCAGCCCAACAGUAACUCAUCAGUAAACCCAGACCACCUGAACUACUUCCGAUUUGCUGGCCAGAUCUUGGGUUUGGCUCUGUAUCACAGGCAGCUGGUUAAUAUCUAUUUCACCCGUUCCUUCUACAAACACAUCCUGGGAAUCCCAGUGAACUACCAGGAUGUGGCUUCCAUUGAUCCCGAGUAUGCAAAGAACCUGCAGUGGAUCUUGGACAAUGAUAUCAGUGAUCUGGGUCUGGAGCUCACCUUUUCUGUGGAAACAGACGUGUUCGGUGCCAUGGAGGAAGUUCCACUCAAACCAGGAGGCAUAAGCAUUCUUGUGACUCAGGACAAUAAGGCUGAGUAUGUCCAGCUGGUGACUGAGCUGAGAAUGACACGGGCCAUCCAGCCUCAGAUAAACGCCUUCUUGCAAGGAUUCCACACUUUCAUCCCGCCCUCGCUAAUUCAGCUUUUUGAUGAAUACGAAUUGGAGCUCCUCCUGUCAGGGAUGCCAGAAAUUGAUGUGGAAGACUGGUGUAGGAACACUGAGUACACCAGCGGCUACGACCCUCAGGAGCCAGUCAUCCAGUGGUUUUGGAAAGUUGUGCAUCAACUAACUCAGGAGGAACGAGUUCUCAUGCUUCAGUUUGUCACUGGAAGUUCCAGAGUUCCUCAUGGUGGCUUUGCCUAUUUGAUGGGAGGCAGCGGCUUACAGAAAUUCACUAUUGCUGCAGUGCCAUACACCUCGAACCUCCUGCCUACCUCCAGUACUUGUAUCAACAUGCUGAAACUGCCCGAAUACCCCAGCCAGGAGAUCCUGAGAGAUCGCCUCCUGGUAGCGUUGCAUUGUGGGAGCUACGGGUAUACUAUGGCAUAAACAUCAGUUGUGCUGCUCGAAGAGUCUGCAAUGUCAUGAACUCCUUCCCCUCCAGACAUGUCUUUGAAUUCACUUGCUAUUUUUGCUGGACAAAAAAAAGGGAAAUCCAAAUUUGUUGAGAAACAAAAGUUAAGAGUCGCACAUCAGAUUGAAGAGAGAAGAGCUGAGUUGCCUCUGGAAUCCCUCCAUGCUGCCUGCCUGUCAACCCCUUUGGAUCACGCCUUCUUGUCUGUUUUUGCUGUUUUGUUUUUUUUUACACAUUUGACAAUGAUCCAAAUGUUUUAUGAUAGAGUUAUAAUAUAAAGCAUUUAUUGAUGAGGCAGGAUGAUACUGCAUAUGUACUGUACAUAUUGAGAAUACAUGGUAAAAAUAGUGUUUCAAUAUUUCAGUCAUCUUUGUGUUUUAACUGAGAUGCAAUAUUUUACGACCAUAAGCAGCUCAAACGUUAGAGGAAAAGGGAGUGUAAAAUUAAUUUCCACAUAGUUAUGAACAGUCCCAGUCAAAAUGCCCUGACAUGGCAUUCUGCAAGUUAACAUUAACAUGUUGAUCAAGUCAAAUUUAUUUACAUAGCCCUAAAUCAUGAAGGCUCAAAGGGCUUCAUAUAUCCACAGUUGGCAAAUAUUAAAGACAUCCCCUGAUCUUAACUCCUAGGAGGACAAGGAAAAACAAAACAAGACAAAACAAAAAAAAAAAAAAACAACAUUUCGGCAAAAAUGAGUGAGAAACCUUGAGAAGGGGCCACAGAUGGGGUAAUCCCCUUUUCAGCAUGACCAGGGUGCGAAGGAUGCUGUUGGGCAACAUAUAAUAAAAAAGGAUGCUAUACAAUGUUAGUAAAAAUGAUGUAAUGUAAGAGUCAAUUAAAUAAGAUCAAGCGCUGCAAGAAGAUGCCCUCGUACAAAAUGGGUCCUCAAAGCCUGGCCUGGUUGGUCAGUGAGUAAAUUUUCAUAGCAGCGCCUCAGAGGAGGUGGUCCACCUCAGAGCUUCUCCGGAUCAGUCAAUGCAGUAUCCGUACGGCGACAUCAAAUCGGGUCAUCGUCACCUUGUCCCCACUCCAAGCUGGAGGGUGCUGGAGAAAGAAAAGCAGCGGCACUCAAACAGGCCAACAUGUCGUUCAACCAAAUGCAAAUAAUUCUUAAGUUGAGUAAAUCAUUUCCAAUUAAAUGGCGGCGUUCCAGUCCGUUGGUGCCCAAAUUGAAAACGCUCUAGAACGUGCGGACUUUGGCACUUUGGAUCACCAAAAGAUGAGCGUGGUGUGAACGAAGGUUUUGGGACAGAACUUACUGUACCAUAAAAUCAACGAGAUAGGAAGCUGCUAAUAUUUUAUGGCUGCGUAGCAAAACCUUGAAAUCACAAAUCAAGUGGACCGGGAGCCAAUGCAGUCAGGCAGAUUGGACAAACCAUCAUACAUUGUGCUACAAUCAUGUCAUUUGGCCUAAGUAUUCCUUAUUAUUCACUUUUUCAGAAAAGAGUGCCAGGGACGAAAAAAAAAUCUAUUUGGCAGGGAUUUUUAGAGAAGGCCACCGAAGGGCCUAUGCUGCAUGGUUUUGUUCAAAAGAAUCGUGUAUAAACCAGAAAUUUGCCAGGAGUGUUCCUUUUGAGUCAAAAAGUAAUUAGCACAUUUUACUGUUUCUAUCAAAGCAACCAAUAAAAACACAAGGAGCAGAAAAGAAACAAAGGCCUUUUCAAAAAAAAAAAUCAACACUUAGUGUCUUACUCAUUUGUUCUCGUCUACCAUGAAACCAGACUUUUUUAUUAGUUUCAUUAGCACUCCCACUAUUAAUUUUGUUCUUAUCUUGUUGAAAGCUGCUGAAGAAAGCAGGACCGAUGAGAGCAAAGGAAUAAAAUGUGUUUGAAUACGA